AAAACUCGAAAAACCGAUAGCUUUUUUCGAUAAAAACUGUCAAGCUUUCCUCUCUGUGCAUCAUUUGGAAAGUUUCCAGGACCAAACAGGACUCUAUAUUUCUUCAGAAUUACCAUAUCUGCCACUUUCCCUUUCACUCUUUCACACAUACUCUUACUGUUCCCAAUAAACCCUUAAUCUUCAACUCUUUUAAGUUUUUAACCCUUCCAAAAAACUGCUUUCUCCUCUUUCUACUCUAAACCCAAAUCUUUUUCCCUGUUUUCUCGAGAACCCCAUUAGUUUUUCCGGGAAAAGAUUUGAUUUCUUAUUCGGGAAAGUUAGCCAAACAGGGGAAUGGAGGGGGAAGGUGCUAUACCGGACCAUCUCCGGUGCAAUCGAACAGACGGGAGACAAUGGCGGUGUAAGCGACGUGUAAUGGAAGGAAAAAAGCUCUGUGAGCUUCACCAUAUCCAAGGCCGUCAUCGACAGAAUAAACAGAAAGUGCCGGAAUCCUUGAAAAUGCAAAGGAAAAAGAGGAAAAAGAAGGUUUUUGAGAAGAAUAAGCUUGAAAUUAGGGCAAAGUUGCUGAAAUUAGCGAGGCCGGUGAAGAGGAAGCGAGUGAUCGGAGGGGAAUCGGAGGCGUUAGAUGAAGCUGUUCGUAAGAUGAAACUGAAGAGAGGGGAUUUGCCAUUGGAGCUUAUAAGGAUGGUUUUGAAAAGAGAAGCUGAGAAGAAGAAAAAGAAAAGGAAAGAAAGUGAGUGUAGUGAUUUUGAUGAUGAUGAUGAUGAUGAUGAUGAUGAUGAAAAGGGUGACUUGAUGAGAGAAUUGCCUAAUGGGUUAAUGGCUAUUUCUUCGUCAAGUCCACAUUUUGAUAAUGCAGGUUCAUGCUCUGGUUCUGGUUCGGCUUCCGGUUCUGGUUCUGUUUCAGGUUCUUGUAUUAAUGUUAAAGUAGGAGAAACUGAUAAUAAUGCUGUUGCCAUUACCAGAAGGCGGUUUCGGUCUAAGAACAUUGAACCAUUACCUGUUGGUACAUUGCAGGUUCUGCCAUACAAGAAGAAUGGAGCAAAUUUGAGGAGAGGGAGAAGAAUAAGGUGCCAUUGGUGUCGAAAAGGCGGUGCUCCUAAUUUGAUCAAGUGUUCUAGUUGUAAACAGCAGUUCUUUUGCUUGGAUUGCAUAAAAGAACACUAUUUUUUUAAGCGAGAAGAAGUUCAGGUAGCUUGUCCGGUAUGCCGUGGAACUUGUGGCUGCAGGGCCUGCUCAGUGAGUCAACGUAGAGACGAUGAAUUAUUUAUAUUUCAGGAGUUUCUAAGGGACAAGAUCAAAGUAGACAAGGUGUUAGAUUUUCAUUAUUUGAUCUGCAUGCUCCUUCCUGUUUUUAAGCAAAUAAACCAAGACCAGAGUGUUGAGAUUGAUGUGGAGGCCAAAAUUCAAGGCAAAAAACUCUGUGAUAUUCAGGUCCAACCUGCUGAAUCUGGUGGCAAUAAGGAAUACUGUUGCAGUUACUGCAAGACUCUCAUUCUGGAUUUCCAUAGAAGCUGCCCAAAGUGUUCAUAUAGCCUCUGCUUAAGUUGUUGUCGGGAUAUCUUUCAAGGGAAUUUAUUCGGAACUAUCAAAGAAGUUAACUGCAAAUGCCCAAAGAGAAGGAAAACUUGUUUGCCCGGUAUUUGCCUUUCAGAUAGGAAAUCUGUAAGAAUAACCAGGCAGACCUCUGACAGUAGGUAUUCUGAUUCUUUUGUAUCAUUGCCUAGUCAGAAAGCUCCUGAUGGCAGUGUUCCUAUCUCAUGCCCACCUAGUGAGUUUGGUGGUUGUGGUGAUGGCCUUCUUGAUCUGAGAUGUAUUUUGCCGCAAAGUUGGUUCAAAGAGCUGGAAGUAAGUGCUGAAGAGAUAGUUGGCAGCUAUGAAUUGCCGGAAGCAUUUGAUACUUUUUCAUGCUGCUCCUUAUGUCCUGCGACAGAUGAUGAAGCCAAAAGGGUGAAGCAGUUGCAAGAGGCUUCUAGGAGAGAGAAUUCAAAUGAUAACUUCCUAUUUUACCCCACUGUAUUGAACAUUCAUGGUGAUAACCUGGAGCACUUCCAGAAGCAUUGGUGUAAAGGCCAUCCUGUAAUAUUUCGGAAUGUUCUUCGGACUACUGCUUUAAGUUGGGAUCCAAUAUUCUUGUUUUGCUCAUAUCUUAAGAAUAGUGUUGCCAAAGCUGAGAACGAAGAGCCAAGUAAAGCUACAACUUGUUCAGACUGGUUUGAGGUUGAAAUUGGUAUUAAGCAGUUAUUUUUGGGGUCAUUAAGGGGGCUGGCACAAUCUAGUAUGUGUGAUGAGAAGCUGAAACUGAAGGGCUGGCUUUCUUCUCCUUUAUUUCAAGAACAAUUCCCGGAUCAUUAUUCUGAAAUCAUUCAAUCUUUACCACUUCGAGAAUAUAUGAAUCCUGGAAGCGGCAUUUUGAACAUUGCUGCAAGGUUGCCACAAGAAAUCACAAAGCCUGACCUAGGUCCAUCUGUCUCUAUCUCUUAUUGCAGCAGUGAGGAACUUGCACAAGCCAAUUCCGUGACAAAUUUGUGUUAUGGUUUAUGUGAUAUGGUUAAUGUUUUGGCACAUGCUACAGAUGCUCCUGUUUGCAUGAAGCAACUUAAUAAAAUAAGAAAGUUAAUGAAAAAGAAAAAAUUUCAAGACGAAAGGGAACUUGCUAAGACUCACCUUGAUCAAAAGAUGGCUAAUGAAGUGAAAGAAAAAUCUAAGUCAAAUGGUGAAAACAUAAAAGUAGGAUUGAAUGGUAUGAUCUAUAAAGAAAUGCAUUCUCGUAACACAGUUCCAAAACUUUCUCGAUCACCUUCUGCGGUGCAUGAUGCACAUGAUAAGGAAGACAGCUCUGACUCUGACUCUGAUUCUGAUUCCGACUGUAAUUCAAAUUCUGAAGCUGCACUACAUCCAUGUGAUACCAUUCACGGCUCAGAAGCAUUAGAAGAUCAGGAAAUCUUUGGGAAAAGAACAGAUUUGGCUAAGUCUUGUGGUGCAGAAUGGGAUGUCUUCCGCAGACAGGAUGUUCCAAAGCUUAUGGAGUACCUUAGAAAGCAUUCAAAUGAGUUUGGUCAUACAUGUGGCUUUCAGAAACAUGUGGUUCAUCCAAUCCUCGAUCAGAAUUUCUUUCUUGAUACAAGUCACAAAAGGAGGCUGAAAGAGGAGUAUGAAAUUGAGCCCUGGACAUUUGAACAACAUGUUGGAGAAGCCAUAAUAAUUCCAGCUGGCUGUCCAUACCAGAUUAGAAACGUUAAGUCCUGUGUUAAUGUGGUUUUGGACUUUGUUUCACCGGAAAAUGUGACCGAGUGUAUCCGGUUGAUCAAUGAAUUUCGUCUGCUUCCAGACGAUCAUAAAGCCAAAGCAAAAAAGUUUGAGGUUGAGAAGAUGGCCCUGUAUAGGAUUAGUGCAGCAAUAAAAGAAAUCCGCGAGCUUAUAUGUUCAGAGUUUAGGUCCAGUGCUGAGCUCAGUGAGUAGUUGAGGGUGGAUUAAAGAACAAUGGCAUGUAAUGUAAGAGAUUCUCAGUUUAUGGCUAUUGCUGCUGGCGACUUCUGCUCUUAUGGUUUUUUUUUUCCCAUUUUUGAAGCAUUGCUCUCAGCAACUAGCAUGUGGCAUUCACAGAGAUUUUGAUGCAAUUGUCCAUUCUAUCUCUCCCCCCACUGUCCAUUGAAGUUGAAUUAUAUGAAACUCGGCCAGUUUGCUGCAAUUGAGUUUGUAAAUGUGUAAUAUUCAUCAACCAUGUACUUUAUACCCCAGGAUGGAAAACCAUUCAUACUAUUUACUUUUUUCUUUGAAUAUAUAACCACAGUUAAUUUCUCCCAUUUGUUUAUAUGAAAAGCUUGAAAUCUGUACAAUUGUCAA